UGGCUGCGGCGGCGGCGGCGGCGGCGGCGGCGGCGGUGGCCGGGGCUGUGUCUGCGGCCCGGAGAGGGUCAACACAGUCGCCCAGACGCCGAAGAGCCCGCCGCCCGCGCGAGGUGUAGACGGGGCACUGCCUGCAGAGCAGGUUCUGCCAGCCUCGCUAGAGAGGAUGCCCCCGUGUCCGUGAUGGGCUGUGGGACAAGCAAGGUCCUUCCCGAGCCGCCCAAGGAUGUCCAACUGGAUCUGGUCAAGAAGGUGGAGCCCUUCAGUGGCACUAAGAGCGAUGUGUACAAGCACUUCAUUACAGAGGUGGACAGUGUUGGCCCUCUCAAAGCUGGGUUCCCAGAAGCCAGUCAGGGUGCAAACCCCUGCCCUGGUGCCCCCACUACCGGCCACACAGAGCCUCCCUCAGAACCACCACGCAGGGCCAGGGUGGCUAAGUACAGGGCCAAGUUCGACCCACGUGUGACGGCCAAGUACGACAUCAAAGCCCUGAUUGGCCGAGGCAGCUUCAGCCGAGUGGUGCGUGUGGAGCACCGGGCAACCCGGCAGCCAUAUGCCAUUAAGAUGAUUGAGACCAAGUACCGGGAGGGGCGGGAGGUGUGUGAGUCGGAGCUGCGUGUGCUGCGCCGGGUGCGCCACGCCAACAUCAUCCAGCUGGUGGAGGUGUUUGAGACACAGGAGCGCGUGUACAUGGUGAUGGAGCUGGCCACUGGUGGAGAGCUCUUUGACCGCAUCAUCGCCAAGGGUUCUUUCACUGAGCGUGACGCCACUCGAGUGCUGCAGAUGGUACUGGAUGGCGUCCGGUAUCUGCACGCACUGGGCAUCACACACCGAGACCUCAAGCCUGAGAAUCUGCUCUACUACCACCCAGGCACUGACUCCAAGAUCAUCAUCACUGACUUUGGCCUGGCCAGUGCCCGCAAGAAGGGUGACGACUGCCUGAUGAAGACCACCUGUGGCACGCCCGAGUACAUUGCCCCUGAGGUCCUGGUCCGCAAGCCCUACACCAACUCAGUCGACAUGUGGGCGCUGGGCGUCAUCGCCUACAUCCUGCUCAGUGGCACCAUGCCCUUUGAGGAUGACAACCGCACCCGGCUGUACCGGCAGAUCCUCAGGGGCAAGUACAGUUACUCGGGGGAGCCCUGGCCCAGUGUGUCCAACCUGGCCAAGGACUUCAUUGACCGCCUGCUGACGGUGGACCCCGGCGCCCGUAUGACAGCACUGCAGGCCCUGAGGCAUCCGUGGGUGGUGAGCAUGGCAGCCUCUUCGUCUAUGAAGAAUCUGCACCGCUCCAUCUCCCAGAACCUCCUCAAACGCGCCUCCUCGCGCUGCCAGAGCACCAAAUCUGCCCAGUCCACGCGUUCCAGCCGCUCUACACGAUCCAACAAGUCUCGCCGAGUGCGGGAGCGAGAGCUGCGGGAGCUCAACCUGCGCUACCAGCAGCAGUACAAUGGCUGAGCUGCCAGGCU